AUGGGAAAAAUAGAUAUUCAGCAAUUGUAUGAUUUGGCGAAUCAUCUACGUAUUGAUUCGAUCAAAAUGACUUGUGCGGCUAAAUCAGGUCAUCCUACGAGCUCAUGCUCAGCUGCAGAAAUUAUUGCAACUCUUUUCUUUAGCGAAAUGAAAUUUGAUAAAUCGUUCCCGAAGAAUCCAUCUUCUGAUCGUUUCGUUUUAUCGAAGGGUCAUGCAUGCCCAGUGCUGUAUGCUGCUUGGCAUCAGGUAGGACAUAUAUCGACUACUGACAUAAUGAAUAUACGAAAAAUAACUUGUGAUUUGGAAGGCCAUCCUACACCAAGACUAGACUUUAUCGAUGUUGCUACUGGUUCUCUUGGACAAGGUCUUUCAUGCGCUGCUGGAAUGGCAUAUGCUGGAAAAUAUAUUGAUAAGGCAAGUUAUCGUGUAUACUGCCUGUUGGGCGAUGGUGAAUGCGCAGAAGCAUUUGCGUCCUAUUACAAAUUGGAUAAUUUGGUUGCAAUUGUGGAUAUGAAUCGUCUAGGACAAACCCAACAGACGAUGCUAGGACAUGAUGCUGACACCAUGGCAAAACGCUUUGAAUCAUUCGGUUGUCACACAGUCAUUGUUGAUGGCAGUAAUGUCGUGGAACUUCUGAAUGCUUAUAAUAUUGCACGUAAAAUGCGUUCUGAUUUAUUUAGUCAAACAAAAGAUAAACCAACAGCAAUCGUUGCAAAAACAUUGAAGGGAAAAGGCAUUGUUGGAAUCGAAGAUGAAGAUAACUGGCACGGAAAACCAGUAUCUGAAAAUACUAUUGAGGCAAUCGAACAGCGUCUUAUGAAUAAGGCGGAUAUUGCUGGGACAUUUCAAAUAAAGCCUCCUGCAAACGAUGCUCCAGAUGUUCAGCUCCCAAUUGGCCAUAUUAAAAUGGCACCACCAGCAUACGCGCUUGGCGAUAAGGUGGCAACCCGCCAGGCCUAUGGUACAGCGUUGGCAAAAUUGGGUGAUGCAUGUCCACGAAUAAUUGGCUUGGAUGGUGAUACCAAAAACUCGACAUUUAGUGAGAAAUUGUUUAAAAAACAUCCAGAACAGUUCAUCGAAUGUUUUAUUGCAGAACAAAAUCUUGUUGGAGUUGCUGUUGGUUUGCAGUGUCGUGAUCGUGCUAUUCCAUUUACAAGCACAUUCGCUGCAUUCUUUACACGUGCUGCUGAUCAACUUCGCAUGGCUGCGGUAUCAUUCGCAAACAUAAAAUGCGCUGGUUCGCAUGUUGGUGUGUCUAUUGGAGAAGAUGGUCCAUCACAGAUGGGUUUAGAAGAUAUCGCACUAUUUCGAGCAAUUCCUGGAUCCAUUGUGUUCUAUCCAACAGACGCAGUGGCUGCAGAACGCGCGACAGAAUUGGCAGCUAAUACUCGUGGUAUUGCAUUUAUACGAACUGGACGCCCUGCAUGUCCUGUUAUCUACAGCAAUGAUGAAAAGUUCGGUAUUGGUAAAGGAAAGAUCGUACAUGAUUCAAACAAGCCGAAAGCAUUGAUAAUUGGUGCAGGUGUUACGCUUUAUGAAGCAAAAAAAGCAGCAGAUAAAUUGCAAUCAGAAAAUAUAGAAGUAAUUGUGAUGGAUCCAUUUACAAUUAAGCCGCUUGAUAAAGAUUUGAUCAUAAAAUCGGCCAGAAGAGCAGAAAAUCGUAUCAUCACUGUGGAGGAUCAUUAUCAAGCCGGAGGUAUUGGUGAGGCCGUAUCUCAGGCUGUUUCUGAUCAGGAUAUUCGUGUGCGUUCAUUGUUCAUUCUUGAUAUUCCACAUUCCGGACCACCGGAUUGUCUGCUUGAAAAAUACGGGAUUUCAGCAAAAUAUAUUAUUGAUGCCGUCCAUCAAUUCGUUCAUCCACCAAACUAA